AUGGCUUCCGCCGCGGCCGCGCCGCGACCACCGGCCCCGGCUCCGGCACCUCCUCCUUCGCCGCCCCCUCCCCCGCCUGCGGCGGCGGUGCAGUGGCUGGGCCCGCGGGUGUCGUUCAGCCUAGACGACGCGGGAGGAGGCGGCGGAAGGGAGGCUGCGGCGGCGGGAGGGAAGGCCGGGCCCAGCGCCUGCGCCGGAGCCGGCGCCGACUUCGAGUUCCUGCUCGGCGGGUGCGCCGCGGCAUGCUCCAUGCUCCCCGCCGACGAGCUCUUCUCCGGGGGCAAGCUGGUCCCGCUCCGCAUCCCGGCGCCCGCGGACGAGACGGGUGCGCCCGUGGUGGAGGUCGGCGUCGAGGUGACGGCGCAGUCGACGCUGCUGCUGCUGCCGAAGCAGGAGCAGCUGCCCCCGGCGCCGGCGCCGGCGCAGCAGCCGGAGACGCCGCGGGCGGUGGGGGAGGCGGCGGUGAAGGGUGGCGCGCAGGCGGAGCCCAAGAUCCCCGCGAGGAGGUGGCGGGAUCUCCUGCGUCUGCGGAAGCAGCAGGCGGCGGCGUCGUCGGGGCCCGCCGCGGCGGAGCCGAGGCCGCUGCGCCGGCUCCUCCGCCGGGGCCCGAAGCCAGAACCGUCGCUCAGCCUGCCGCUGCUCCGCGAGCCCGGCCCCGAGGAGUCCGAAACCACCAAGCCCGCCGACAAGUCCGCGCCCGCGCCCGCUCCGGGUCAGGCACUGGCACCUCCGCCGUCAUCGUCGUCGCAGCACCAGAGCCUGCUGCCUCCCAAGAUCCGGCUGACCCCGUCGCAGCAGCAGCAGGCGUCGGUGUCGAUGUCGUCGACGACCUCCCAGUCCCAGUCCCAGUCGCCCCCGCCGCCCCCGCCUCCGCCGCCUCCCCCUCCAUCCGCGGUGGCGGCCGACAGCCCGCGCCUGAACGCAGCAGGCAAGGUGGUGUUCAACGGCCUGGGGCGGAGCUCCAGCAACCCGAGCAGCCUAGCCGGCGGCCGCCGCCACCGCAACGCGGGCCCAGGAAGCGGCGGCAUGGAGCGGUCGUACUCGGCGCACGUCCGCGUGGCGCCCGUGCUCAACGUGCCCGUCUGCUCCCUCCGCGGCUCCCGCAAGUCCGUCUCCGUCUUCGGCAUCGACCGCCUCUUCUCCCCGUCGGGCGCCGCCGGUUCCUCCUCCGCCGCCGGCGGCGGCGCGGCCAGAAAGAACAAGGCCGCCAAGAAGGACAUUCCCCCCGCCGCCGCCGGCUCGCCGCCACUAGUGAGUGAAUGUAACGAGUUGGUUUGCUUGAACAAUGCUCGCGGUUUAGGGAGUUAA